GGCGCCAACGCCGACAGCCCCAUGCGCUGCUACCCGGGGGGGCUGUCCCUGUCGCGGUCCAUCGGCGACGUCACGCUCAAGUACCACCCGACGAAGGUCGUCGUCGGCGAGCCCGAGGUCGUCCAGCAGCGGCUCAACGCGGACGACAGGUUCGUCAUCCUCGCCUGCGACGGCAUCUGGGACGUGCUAUCGAACGAGAAGGCCGUCUCCGUCGUCGCCAAGGCCAUCAAAGACAAGCAGGACGCCGCCAAGGCCCUCGUCCGCGCGAGCUUCCUCAACGGCUCCACGGACAACAUGACCGCCGUCGUCGUCCACCUCGCCCAGGCCUAGGGGCGGCGGCCGCGCGCGGUAACGGCGC